AUGAACAAGGAGGAGGCCAAAGUCUUGGACGCUCGUGCAGCAAUUCGCAGGGCCACCAAAAACGGGAAUAUUACGUUAUGUGACCAGGAGACAGACAACCCUCGCGGGUUUCUGAGGAUCUCCUGCGCGAAUCAUUUCUAUCGGGAGCAUCUGUGGACCUUCAUGUGCUCUAUGGCAGCGACAUGGAGCAGCGUGGUUGUGCAGGAUAAAGCUGGAACGGGAUCAGCACCAGCUGAAGGAGUGCAUAGUGCUGUGAUUGCUGCCGACGUAUCGGAGCCGAAAGAAGCUGACACUACCAUUGUUUCUGUAGUGAACAGCUGGCCUACAAUGUCACUAC